UCAGCGCGCGUGCACGUUACAGAACAUAAUCAGAGGUGCGGGAGGCGACUCGUGAUUUUAUUUGUUUCCCGGACCAGAGACGCGCCAUGCCGCUGAAAAACGACAACACCGUGUCGGUGGAGAGGCGCGUGGACCUGGCGUCGCUCUUCUGCAUGAUUGGGCGCCACGGUCCCGCCGUGGCUAUGGCCGUGAUAGCGAUGAUGUCCGUGCUGGCGGGCUUCGUCAUCUACUGGAACGUGAGGGGGAAGCGGAGGAAGGCCACGGCGGCUGCGGCUGCGGCUGCGACCGCCGAUGGCGACGGAGACCGAGACGGCACGAGCCCCGCCGGAGCGGAGGGAGACGCGUCGGUGAUGCAUGAAUGGCAGCGCUCCGUGGAGUCAACAGUGAAUGAUGAUGGCUCAUCAGACGUGAAGGAGGACGUUGAUCUGACAACGCGUGACCUCAGGAUCCGACACCGUCGUGCCGCCUCCGAGAAGAUCCCUGCGCCGUGUUCCCCUCCCGAGAGCGGCGACCGAGCGCCGGGCUUUGAGCGCACCACCGCGGACGACACGGAGGAAGCGGCUCGCCAUGUGGCAGCGGCGUACGCAGAGGAGGUGAUCAAGGGUGCGCUGGAAGAGUUGCACGCCGGCUGCGUGAAGGAGCCUGAGCCGAUGGAUGCCGACCACCGCGAGCAGGGAGCAGCCACUGGGCCUCUGUUUGAGGAUACACGCAUGGUGUCCGCGUCAGAAUGCCAAGAAGAUGAGGACAUCUUUGACGAGACGCCCAGGCGGGAGGACAACUUUCAGUGUGCCUUGAACAACCCGGUGUGCUUCCAGUCCUCGACAUUCCAGCGAAGCUCAAACCGGCCAUCUGUGACGGACGAGGCGCCGCCGCCUGUUUGGUACAGAGACUGCGACGAAGACGGCGGUCCAGCUGGCGAAGGAGUUGUACGGGAAGACCAUUUGGACGCCCCCUCGGCACAGUUCGACGAGCGAGCCGUGGAGAUUGAACUUGAGGGGGGAAACAGUCGCGAAGAAUGUGACUGCUUCAGUGUGGCGCUCAGCCCUGCUCUGGACUGUUUGAGCGCGCCCGUGAAGGCUGAUAAUCUCGCUGGUCUGUUGGGUACCCUAGGCAUUGCAGAAGUUGCUGAUUUGUCAUUGGAUCGUCAACCCCUGCACAAAGAAGAUCAUCCAGUUCCAUCUCUAGAUACCAAUUCUAUUGUUCUGCAAGGAGAUGUCAACGCCUUAUUGGCUGAAGGGCGUGUUGACCAAUGGUCAUCCCAAGACUGGCAAAGUGACCAAACCAAAACUGAUAAUGCGGAUUUUUCCAAAGUGGCCACCGGCGCUGCUCCCGUCCCAAUUGAGGUCCUAAAUCCUCGCUUGUGUCAAGUCGACUUGCCGUCUUUGGAGCAAUUUGCACUGAUUGAUUACGACGUGUCGUGUGCCGGUGUGGGUGAAGAGAGUGGCAUUUCAAGCAUGACCGGCACCCCUGAUGCCGGUAACGAGUAUGACGUGGUCUUUGGAAACAUGGCGGUCCCGCUGGUGCAAAGUGAUCUGAAGUCUGAGGGACAGAAGGAGGCUCAGAACAGCCUCUUUGCUGAGGAUGCGGACGUAUCCGUCAUCGAGGAGGACGCAGCGGGCAUGGUGCUCGGGCCUCGCCCGUCGCAUCUCUCCCGGCCGCCUCGCAGCGAGCGUGCAGCUCGGACCGUCUAUGAAUCGUUCGCAUCCAGCCAGGACCCGUUUGGCCACGAGAUCGAGGAUAGCUACCACAGAGCCGUGGAUCAGUUUGCGGCGCAGAUCGCAGGCAGCGUUGCUUGCUUCACCGAAAAGCGUUCGGAGGCGAGCGUCGUUGUGCGGACUAAAGAGAAGAGGAAGGGAGGAAGCGUUGACAUGAAAGAGGCGACAAAAUCGGCGAAGGAAAAAGAAGAGGGCUACGAAAAGACGGAAAUCAGUAUCAUGGAGGCAACUAUGGAGCAUAAUGAAUGGAUCAUGGAUGGUAACUGCCAAGCCUUUCCUUGGAUGAAUCUUUCCGCCUCAGACGAUACAAAAAGCAACCAGCUUCCCUUUGAAGAAUGCCAAGACCUCCAUGCUGAAGUCCAACAAGACGGCGCGCUCUCCCUUGUCCAUGAAAACGUCCAAAGCGUCGCGGUGGUCCAGCCCACGGCCCAGAAUGUCGAUGUGACCUUCAACGUCCAUUAUGUCACCCAAUCGCCGUUCCAGACGGUGGGGGUCAUGGGAAACCAGCAGGCGCUGGGGAACUGGACGGGUUUCGUCCCCCUGGAGAACACCGUGGACGGGCACUGGGCCACGGUGGUCAGCCUGCCCGCGGAGAGCCACGUGGAGUGGAAGUUUGUGGUGGUGGAUCAGGGCGAGGUGUGCCGCUGGGAGGAAUGCGGCAACCGCCUCCUCGACACGGGCGCCGGAGACGAACUGCUGGUGCAGAAAUGUUGGGCACGUUUGUGAGAGGGAGAUUGGGAUUUGACGUGUUCAGGACGCUUUGGUACCGGAGGCUGAACCCCAUGAGGUUACAGUGGAUCGAAAUGACCCCAUAUGCUGCAUCCUGUCAAACACGCGUCCCGGUAAGCAUUGCUUCAGUGAAUUUGGGGGUCUUUAAGAGGAUGCAUCGUUUUUUGUUUUGUUCGUCGAGUUUACGGAUAACCAUUGCUAUGAUUUAAUGGUUUGUUUUUUAAGCCCAGACCAUUUUUACCGGAAUACACCCGUCAUCUUAAACCUUGUGUUGCCUUCGGGUCAUUUUGACCCGAUUAAAUAUUACACCCUCCCCCUGCCUUUGGGUCAUUUUGACCCGAUUCAAUGUUUAACCCUCCUGUUACCUUUAUAUUUACUAACAUAUUUUACCCUUUGGGUUCAAUUUGACGCCAGCAAUUAAAACCUCCAGAAAAUUAUUAGAAUUAAUAUUGUUUUCCAAGUUUAAGUGUGAGGCACUUUAUGUUUGUUUGUUGACUACCGAAAGAACACCGACAUUAAACAUUGAAUGGGGUCAAAUUAACCCGAAGGCGGCAGGAGGGUGUAAUAUUGAUUCGGGUCAAAAUGACCCGAAGGCAACACAAGGGUUAAGGGGCUUUUCUUAGGGGUUGCACUUUGAUGGCCAGUGGUUCUCUGGAUCUUUAAGACAACUGAAACGAUUGUCAUCAAAAGAUAGAAUUAUUACAUAAAAUGCCCCCCCCCCCCUCCCUGUGGUUUUAUCUAUAAUUAUGCAAAUUGCACCUCUUUAAGAAAUUGGGUGACGUAAUGUUAAUUAGUGUAAAUGGAAACUUUACUAUAAUCUCUGUAUGCUGCUUAAAUACCCCCCAACAAUCGAUGAGAAUAAAUGCACAUGGAUCACUUUUACUAUAGCAAUAAUGUAGGCAAUAACUGUAUAUUGUACACUGUAUGACUGGUGCAGGUAUUCUAAGGUGUUUACCACUAAACUGUGAUGUAGUUUUAACGUUGAUGCUGCUUGUAUCCCCUGGGGCGGUGCAUGCAAUAUUGUCCCAUGGAUGUUCUAUGAAUGUGCCUUUUUUAAUUAUUUUUUAAAAUGUGUUAAGAUGCAUCAACAAGAAUGUGGCUUUUCUUUUUAAUUGACAGCUAUGCUAGUCAUCAUCUUAUGUGUUUCACUGCAACUUGUAUUGAGUGUCUUGCAGUAUGUUUUAUUUUGUCAAAACAGCUGUCACUGUUUUUGGCUCCAGUUUUUUAAUUCUUAAUCGGUGCAGUGUCUAUAUAUAUCUCAGAUCAGAGUAUCUUGUUAUGCAAUACUGUGAAGAUGAUGGUACCCUGUAAUGUCAUUGAGGUGAAGUUGGUUACCAAAUAAACAAAUGGUCCAAGUC